AUGCCUGUAAUCGGUGUAGAUAUAGGAUCUUCCACAUCUACCGUGGCCACAAUCUCAAAAGGAGCAAUUGACAUCGUUUUGAACGAUGUAUCUCAGAGAUAUACUCCGACAUGCUUAUCUUACGCUCCUUUGCAACGCUUAUUUGGGGAUCAAUCUCAAUCUCAAAUAGUUUCAAAUUUCAAGAAUUCUUGCCGUGGGUUCAUGAGCAUGCUCGGUGUGAAACUAAGAGGUCAAGAUAGAGCUGGCGAAUUUAGUGUAACUGAACUGGAUGAAUUUUUCAGCUCGACUCCAUUAAAAUUGGAUGAUAAUGGCGUGUUGUCCUACCAGAUUGCAAAUGGUUCUUCUGUAUCAACUAAAAGUACACUUUCUGCACUGAUAGGCUAUAUCUCAUUUCUGACUGAGAUGUCUGAUAGCUACACCGGAGCCCUUUGCAGAGAGGCUGUUUUUUCUUAUCCUUCAUGGUUCUCUGAACUUCAGAAGAACUAUUUAUCCACUUGUGCUCGUGCGGCAGGCUUAAAUUGUCUAAAAGUAAUAAGUGAGGGAACUGCAAUGGCGCUUGAUUACGGUAUGUACAGAUUAAAGCAACUUAGUGACGAAGCUGCUACUACUGUUGCACUAGUCAUGAUUGGUCAUUCUCAUGCUACUCUUACAAUAGUUGACUUUUUUGCUUCUCAUUGUGUUGUCCUUUCUGAAGUUUCCGAUAAGUAUAUAGGGGGAAGGACAAUUGAUUACAUUCUGAUGAGUCAUAUGGCAAGCGAAUUUAGUAAAAAAUAUAAAAUUGAUCCAUUAAGCAAUGUUAAAACUAAGCUUAAAGUAGAAGCAGUUGCUUUAAAGGCUAAAAGGGUACUUUCUGCAAAUUCAGAGGCAUCUUAUUCUGCUGAAUGUUUGAUGGAAGAUUAUGAUCUUGCUGGAACUAUAAAAAGAGAUGAAUUUGAGAAAUUGUGUGAAUCAGAGUUUUUACCCCGUCUUACUACUAUGUUGAAUGAAGGUAUAAAAUUAUCUGGCAGAUCUGUAGAUUCUAUUUCCGCAGUUGAAAUUGCUGGUGGCAUUACUAGAAUUCCCUGCGUUCAAGCCAUAAUUUCCGGAGUUUUUAACAAACCUCUUAGUAAGACAUUAAAUGCUGAUGAAUGUAUCGCGAGGGGCUGUGUUUUGGAGGCCGCCAUAAGUAGUAAGCACUACAUGGUGCGUCAAUACAAAGUAGUUGAGCAGCUCUCUAGACCUUUAACCAUUUGCUGCCUACCUGGUUUAGGUGACCAUACUGAGAAAGAUCUGGUGACCGCCAAGUGUUACGAAGUAGCCCCAGCCGGAAGUAAGAAGUCGGAUGUAUUUUCAAUAAGACUCGAAGCUGGAUUGCCAUGUACAAUAUUUGCAUCUCUAGAUGAUCCAAGGGAUCCAUCUGGAGUUCAUGCCCUUGGUAGCUUCAGGCUUAACGCGACCUCUAAGGAGGGUGGAGAAGAUGAAGGAUUGGCUAUCAAGUGCGGAUUUGACGAAUUUGGAUCAUUUUACUUACUCUCAGAAUCAUGUGAAGUCGCUGUAUUUCCAGCCCACACUUUAGAUUUGGACACUCUUUCAGCCUUGGAAAAAGAGGAAUCUAAAAAGGACAAGACAGAGGUUCAAAGACUUAAGACACUUAACGACUUUGAAACUUUUAUAUAUAGUGUAAGGGACAAAAUGCAAGACACACAUAAGGAUUUUGUGGAACCAAAGAACGUAGAAAAAAUUGCAGGUGCUGUAAAUCACUGGCAAGACUGGCUUUAUAGCAAUUCUGGUGCCUCUCAGGAGGUUCUUCAGGAGGGAUUUGAUAAGGUCAGUGAGGAGUGGAAAUCGGUUGAACAUUUGUACAAUGUAUACACUGAAAAGGAGCUGGAGCUAGAGACUUUCUACAAGAAACUUCAGAACUAUUAUAACUUCUGCUGUGAUGAUAAGAGCCCUCGUUGGGGGGAUGCAACUGCCGAAGAGCGUUUGUCUUUCGCCAAGCGUCUUAUAGAUCUCGAUUCUAGCAUACGGGAAGCACACGAAAAAGAGGUUUCGCAACCAAAAUAUCUAAGUCCUCUCUUUACAAUGGCCCAAGUUGAGAUUCAGUUGAAGAUCAUCGCAGAUGAUAUCGAGAAAUUUUGCAAUGAUAAGAAAAAGGUUGCUGAGGUACCAAAGGAAGAUCCUCCAACGCAAGAAGCGGAUCCAAAGGAAUUCACUCAGGAUCAAGAAGCUCCAGCGGAUGCCUCGGCCAACAAUCCCGACCAAGCACCUGAUGAGAGCAAUGCAGACAUCACUAGUGAACCCACUGAAAAAUAA